AUGGCGAUGGCAAAAUUCGGAGGUUUCACUGCUGCAGAGCCGCAACACAGAGCCGCGUCUCACGUCAUGUUGUUCUUCUUUGUUGUGGUUGAACUUUUGAAGGCACAAAAAAGUCGCACCAAGGAGCCGCACCAAGACCAAAGGGCGCCGUAUUUCCCCCAAGGAUACUCAGCAGUGCCAAUGAGACGGCGGGGGGGAACUUGCCUGCAUUCUGUUGGCUGGGAGUUUCCAGCACAUCAGAUCGCCUCCCUGGAUGCGAUGUCAGAGCUGAAUACGAUGUCCUUUCCAAUCGGUUGUACCCACUGGAAUCUCAUUAUUGAACAACAUUUCGACAGCUUUAAGGAGACACGCGACUCAGACAGCCCUCCCUCGAUUUACGCAGGAAAUCUGAGGGAAAUCUGA